GAGUCUUAAAGUCGUUGUGGUGUUCACACUACGUGACACUACGUAAAUGAUCCGCAACAGGGGGUCACACACUACACGAGCUGACAACAACUCUGUCACCCAAUGACUUUAUUUUAAAAAGGACAUUGGGAAGAAAUUGGAUUACAUUUUGAAUUAAGUUAAAAAUAUUCUGGCUGACCUCCCAGAGUUAAGGCGACCAUUAUUUUAGAACGUUUCCCUUUAUUGUUUCCAUGACAACGCAUCAUGCUUGUCAAGUGACACACUGCGGCCACACUGUAUGACAGAUGUCAUCAACUAUCUGAUAUUCUGAUUCUCAAAUAUGUGCAAGUGAGUGUUUUGUAAUUUAAAAACCUAUUUAAUGAUCUUGAUCUUAAUCUAUAACGUGAGAUGGGCGCCGUCAUGUUUGUUUGAGCCUCGGUUCAGAGAGUCCUGUCAGUCGGAUUUACAGGCUACAGCACUUGAAUUCAUUUGUCCCAAAAUACAUGUGGCCGGUGAACUGGGAAAACAAUAGAGUGAGUGAGCUUUAUAGUUACUUACACAAUGUGUAUCUGAUAUGAAUAAAUGUCAGCAAAUUAUAUUUGAAUGGAUUGUUAUUACUGCUUCCAUAGACUUCAGUGUAUAUUUCAUUUGCUGUAGCUCAUCGACGCAUGACACCAUAUGAUGUCGAGUCAGCCGACAGCUCCAGAUAUUUAUCAUGCUAGAUAUCUGUCUGGUGUAAGCGAGGUGUUGGUGACGCGUCAGCAAGCCUCUUUGAUCCAUGGUUGAGUAGUUCAUACAUAAAGAUUGGCAAGCACCAAUCACCCGCUGAUUUGCCCCCGAUCACAGCCCAACCUGUCAGUGAGCUCGUUAACUUGCAAAUCGGGCUUAAAUCAGGCUUAAAAUCCUGUAGCGUGAACUUGGCAUAAGACACAUUGGGGGAAGCAUUUCAAUAACCCUAUGAAUGCAUAUAAAAAUGCAUAGAAUGCAAUGCAAAGAUAUUGUUGAAUAAUGUCAUUAUUUUUGUUUUGUUUUUGCGCACAAAAAGUAUUCUUGUCGCUUUAUAAAAUUAAGGUUGAACCACUGCAGUCACGUCGACUUUUUUAACAAUGUCUUUAGUACCUUUAUGGACCUUGAAAGUGGUGAUUAUAUUGCUGUCUAUGGUCGAGUCAUAUACCGCUCAGAUUUCAUCAAAAAUAUCUUAAUUUGUGUUCCGAAAAUGAACGAAGGUUUAACAGGUGUGGAACGACAUGAGGGUGAGUAAUUAAUGACAGAAUUUUCAUUUUUGGGUGAACUAACCCUUUAAAACAGUGCCAAGGAGGAAAGACAUCAGCAUUGGUCUUAGAGAAGCAAUUGUUGCUGCCAUCAAUCUGGGAAGUUUUAUACAGCCAUUUACAAACAAUAUGAAGUCCAUGAUUCUACAGUGAGAAAGAUUAUUCACAAGAGGAAGACAUUCAAAACAGACACCAAUCUUCCCAGGAGUGGACGUCCCAAAAAAUUCACCCCAAGGUCAGACUGUGUAAUGCUCAGAGAAAUUGCAGACAGCCCAAGAACUACAUCUCAUACUCUACAGGGUUCAGUUAACAUGUUAAAUGAUAAAGUUCAUGACAGCACAAUUAGAAAAAGAUGACACAAGCAUGGUGUGGCGAGGGGGGUGUGGUUCAGCGGAGUCGGCAGCGGGAGAGAGAGUCAGGAGACGAACGGUGAGUGAGUGGGUUAAAUGCAAAUGACGAACACCUGUCUCUUGUUUCAGUAAUUGGUGUGGAGAGAGUAUAUAACACCAGGAGAAACAGGAGUGGGAGAGAGAGAGACGGACUACUGACUGCUGCCCCGCUGGUGAUCUACGAGUGAGAGAAUUCUGAAUGAUUUGUGACCGCUUUGUGCCUGUCUGCACCCCUUUUGUUUUGAAUUGUGAGAAUUAGUGCAAAUAAAAAGCAGUCAGUAGUCAAGCCGACCCUGUCCUCUUCCUUCCUGAAUACUGAACUUUGCUACACUGGUGCCGAAACCCGGGAAGGAAGACGGAAGCCGCCGCCAUGCAAUUGUCCUCCGGAUCGCCAUUUGCGGAGAUUAUCACCUCCCUCGCGGUCAUGCAACAAGAACAACACCAGGCCCUGCUGGACUUGAGACAGGAUCAAGAGAGGUGCUUCCAAGUCGUUGUUCAAGCCCAGCAGGAGGACCGCGAGAGGUUCCGGAGCUGGAUUGACCGGGAGGUUCGACCGGAAGCCCUGGAACCUCGAGCUGUGCCCGCCCACCUACCACUCCACAAAAUGGGAUCUGAGGACGACCCGGAGGUUUUCAUCGAUCUCUUUCAGAAGACGGCCGAGCUGUCGGGCUGGCCGCGGGACCAGUGGCCGAUGCGCCUGGUCCCGCUGCUCUCCGGGGAGUCCCAGAUAGCGGCACAGCAGCUUCCGGUGCAGAAUCUCCUGGUCUUCGACGACCUAAAAAGGGCCAUCCUCCAGCGGGUCGGCCGGAGCCCUGAAGAACAUCGCCAGCGGUUCCGUUCCCUGGAACUGGGCGAGUCCGGCCGACCGUUCGUGUUGGCCCAACAGCUCCGGGACUCCUGCCGGAAAUGGCUGUUGGCUGAGGGAAGCGACGUGGAGAAGAUUGUCGAUCGAGUGGUACUGGAGCAGUUCAUUACUCGGCUCCCACGGAGGACAGCAGAGUGGGUCCAGUGCCACCGCCCCACGUCGCUGGACUCAGCCAUCCACCUCGCGGAGGACCAUAUGGUGGCGUGCCCAGGGGUCGGCGAACCCCUCCCAUCUGUCUCUCUCUCCCCGUCUUCCCCUUCUGUCUCUCUCUCUCGUCCUGUCCCUCUCCCCAGGUCCCGCCCACCUGUACAUCCUCGAGUCCCGCCCCGGGGGCGGGGCGGAGUUGACCCGAGCCAGUUUGGGGGUCCCAGAGCCCCGCCCAGGAGGGCGGGACUGACUUCCGCUGGACAGGACCCCGCGCCUGUUUCUCCGCUCUCUCCACGCCAAUCAUUUACCCCACUCCCUGCCACUGGGGCGGCGGGGAGGUCUGGGCCAGCCUGUUGGCGUUGCGGGGACCCGGAGCAUUUCGUGGACAGGUGCCCAGUGAUGGAGGUUGGGACAAUGGUCCGGGUCCCGGACGCCCCGCAGGCUGCCCCCGGUCAAGCUGGCUGGUAUCAAAUACCUUAAUUGGUGUGGAGAGAGUAUAUAACACCAGGAGAAACAGGAGUGGGAGAGAGAGAGACGGACUACUGACUGCUGCCCCGCUGGUGAUCUACGAGUGAGAGAAUUCUGAAUGAUUUGUGACCGCUUUGUGCCUGUCUGCACCCCUUUUGUUUUGAAUUGUGAGAAUUAGUGCAAAUAAAAAGCAGUCAGUAGUCAAGCCGACCCUGUCCUCUUCCUUCCUGAAUACUGAACUUUGCUACACAUGGCAUGUUUGGAAGGCUUGCCGGGAGAAAGCCUCUUCUCUCUAAAAAUCAUGGCAGCACAGCUUAGGUUUGCAAAGUCCUUUGGACAGACAAGAGCAAAGUAGAGAUGUUUGGCCAUAAUGGACAGCGGCAAGUUUGGUGAAAACUAAACACAGCAUAUCAGAACAAACACCUCAUACCAAAAGUCAAGCAUGCUGGUGAAGGGGUGAUGAUUUUGGGCUUGUUUUGUAGCCACAGGCCCUAGACACCUCACAGUCAUUGAGUCAACCAUGAACUUCUCUGUAGUCCAAAGUAUUCUAGAUUCAAAUGUAUCCAUCCAUUCGACAGCUAAAGUUUGUCCGAAAUUGGGUCAUGCAAUUGGACAUUGAUCUGAAGAUUACCAGCAAAUCUAAAUCAGAGUGGCUGAAAAAGAAAAGAAUCAAGGUGUUGCAAUGGCCCAGUCAAGUCCAGUCCUCAUCCUGACUGAAAAGCUGCAGUGAGACCUGUGCAUAAACAAAUGCCCACAAACCUCAAUAAACUGGAGCAACGUUGUAAAGAAGAAUGGGCCAAAAUUCCUCCAGAAUGAUGUGAGAGACUGAUAAAGUCAUACAGAGAAUGAUUACUUCAAGUUAUUGCUGCUAAACGUGGAUCUAUAUAAGCAGUAGAAUCACAGGGUGUCCUUAUUUCAUCCAAAGUUGUUUUUUCUCUAUGCUGGAUUAUGGUGAUGUGAUCCAUGCAUGCAAACCUACACUAUAUUGCCAAAGGUAUUGGGACGCCCCUCCAAAUCAUUGAAUUCAGGUGUUCCAAUCACUUCCAUGGCCACAGGUGUAUAAAAUCAAGCACCUAGGAAUGCAGACUGCUUCUACAAACAUUUGUGAAAAAAUGGGUCGCUCUCAGGAGCUCAGCGAAUUCAAGCGUGGUACCGUGAUAGGUUGCCAUCUGUGCAAUAAGUCCAUUCAUGAAAUUUCCUCACUACUAAAUAUUCCACGGUCAACUGUUAGUGGUAUCAUAACAAAGUGGAAGCAAUUGGGGACAACAGCAACACAGCCAGGUAGUCCUGUGGUGGUAGUCCACGUAAAAUCACAGAGCGCGAUCAGCACAUGCUGAGGCGCACAGUGUGCAGAAGUCGGCAACUUUCUGCAGAGUCAAUAGCUACAGACCUCCAAACUUCGUGUGGCCUUCAGAUUAGCUCAAGAACAGUGCUUAGAGAGCUUCAUGGAAUGGGUUUCCAUGGCCAAGCAGCUGCAUCCAAGUCUUACAUCACCAAGCGCAAUGCAAAGCAUUGGAUACAGUAGUGUAAAGCACGCCGCCACUGGGCUCUAGAGCAGUAGAGACAUGUUCUGUGGAGUGACGAAUCACGCUUCCCUGUCUGGCAAUCCAAUGGAUGAGUCUGGGUUUGGCGGUUGCCAGGAGAACGGUACUUGUCUGACUGCAUUGUGCCAGGUGUAAAGUUUGGUGGAGGGGGAUUAUGGUGUGGGGUUGUUUUUCAGGGGUUGGGCUUGGCCCCUUAUUUCCAGUGAAAGGAACUCUUAAUGCUUCAGCACACCAAGACAUUGUGUACAAUUUCAUGCUCCCAACUUUGUGGGAACAGUUUGGGGAUGGUCCCUUCCUGUUCCAACAUGACUGUGCACAAAGCAAGGUCCAUAAAGACAUGGAUGAGCGAGUUUGGUAUGGAGGAACUUGACUGGCCUGCACAGAGUCCUGACCUCAACCCAAUAGAACACCUUUGGGAUGAAUUAGAGCAGAGACUGUGAGCCAGGCCUUCUCGCCAAAAUCACUGCCUGACCUCACAAAUGUGCUUUUUUAGAAGAAUGGUCAAAAAUUCCCAUAAACACACUCCUAAACCUUGUGGAAGGCCUUCCCAGAAGAGUUGAGGGUGUUAUAGCUGCAAAGGGUGGGCCAACUCCAUAUUAAACCCUACAGAUUAAGAAUGGGAUGUCAUUAAAGUUCAUGUACACGUAAAGGCAGGCUUCCCAAAACUUUUGGCAAUAUAGUGUAUCUUCACUAAAAAAAAUUUAAUUGUAUAUAUUAUGCUGCAAUACGAUUUGUGACUAGUGCUCCUACACGUACCCAUCAUUGGAACUUGUGUGAACUGGUUGGUCAGAGGAGAAAAAUGCAUAUGCUGCUGUUUACUGCUAAGGCUCUAUUAGGUAAAUUGCCUUCUUAUAUCUGUAUUCUUUUAUCAUAUUGUACUGUAGUUAUAAAACUAGAUCAUCUUCUAAAUUACUAUUAAUUGUGCCUAGAGAAUACUCUGAGUUUGGCAAAACUGCCUUUUCCUCUUAUGCUCCUAGACUAUGGAAUGAAAUGCAGAGUAUUUUGAUGUUAGAAGUACUCCCAUCUUUAAAUUUUCUUAGAAAUCUUUUGGAGAAUCAUGUGCAUUUUUAUUUUAUUUAUUUAUUUAUUUUUUAAAUUAGGAACUGUAGUUAUAUGAGUGCUGGACAGGACAUUUUUUCUUGUAUUUCUCAUUUUGAGUGUCUUUGGAAUUAGUUUUAUGUGAACUUUGUGUGCUGCCAUUUUGGCCAGGACUCCAUGGUAAAAGAGAUUUAUAUCUCAAUGGGAUUAUUCCUGGUAAAAUAAAGGAUAGACAGAUCUGAGGUUUUAUUUUCCAAAUUUUAAGACCUGCCAAGGACCGGAUGAUUUUUUAUUAUGUCCUGAUAUGGAAAACCAUGGAAUUCAAUAGGGUGUCCUAACUUAUUCACAUGACUGUAUAUAUAGUGCUAUAUUAAUUACAAAUUAAAAUAUUAAAUGCCUAGGACAUUUUUGUAACUUUCAGUGACAUAUCAUUUCUUACCCUACACUGAAGUCAAAGGCCCCACAUUGGUGUUACAUAUCAACAAGGACAGAAGGAAGAAGGAAUAAGAUUAAUGUAUUUUUUCAGUACUUUUUUUUUUUUUUUGGAUCUUUAAAGUGUGCUUGAAUAAACAAAACAUUUUACUAGAUCACCCUGUAAAAAACUUAGUUCAUGUAGAAGUUAUUUCUUCAUCCAGUUCAACAAAUCAUUCUGUAUAAUCUAGAUGGUUUGUGCUCAUAUAAGGAGCUAAAAUUCUUCUCUCAUGGAAUUCUAACCAUAUUUAGAGCAGCAUGUCUGUUUGGGUUGGCUAAAUUCUGCCACAAAGCACUCAACAAUCAUGCAGUAUAUAUAAAUAACCAAAUAAAUAAAUAACCUUCAAAAGCUCUGCAAACACACACAAGAGUAGAAGGGGAAUUUAUUUAACCCACAAAGAUAAAUCAGUCAAUAAUGUUAUAUUUGACAUUACAAAUCAAAUUUGCUGGGCAUUCAGACAUUUAAAAUGCCAAUUUGUCACAUAGCUAUAGCAAAAGAAGAAAGAAAGAAAGAAAGAAAGAAAACUAGUGUGUAAUGGCAUAGGAUGUCAAUAUUAUUAUACUUUAAAAUACAAUACCGUACAAAAGUUUGGGUCGGUGUUUUUGAAAGAAGUCUCUUAUGCUCACCAAGGCUGCAUUUUUUGGAUCAAAAAUACAGUAAAAACAGCAAUUCUGUGAAAUAUUAUUACAAUUUAAAAUUAUCUAUUUGAAUAUAUUUUCAAAUGUAAUUUAUUACUGUGAUGGCAUUACUCCACUUUUCAGUGGCACAUGUUCCUUCAGAAAUAAUUAUAACAUGCUGAUUUGCUGCUCAAGAAACAUUUCUUAUUAUUGUCAAUGUUUAAAAAAUAAAUAAAUAAAUAAAAAUUAAAUAAAAAAAAAACAGCUGUGCUGCUUAUUAUUUUUUCUUUCUUUCUUUCAUUCUUUUUUUUCUGGAUUUGUUGCUAAAUAGACCCCAAACCUUUGAACAGUAUGGUACACUACUGUUCAAAGGUUUGGGAGUGAGUAAGGCUUUAAAGAAAUUAAUAUUUUUAUUCAGCAAGGAUGCAUUAAAUUGAUCAAAAGUAAGAGUUGUUUCAGAUAUUUCUGUUUCAAAUAAAUGCUGUUCUUUUUAACUUUCUAUUCAUCAAAGAAUCCUUAAAAAAAUGUAUAACUGUUUUUACACAAAUAUGAAGCAGCACAACUGUUUUCAACAUUGAUAAUAAUAAGAAAUGUUUCUUGAGCAGCAAAUCAGCAUUAGAAUGAUUUCUGAAGGAUGUGACAGAAGACUGGAGAUAUGAUGCUGAAAAUCUAUCUUCGUCAUCACAGGAAAAAUUACAUUUUUUAAAUAUAUUAAAAUAGCAAAGUUAUUUUAAAUUGUAAUAAUAAUUCACAAUAUUGCUGUAUUUUUGAUCAGAUAUGCAGCAUUUGCAUUGAUGAGCAUAAGAGAAUUCUUUCAAAAACAUUGAAAAAAAUCUUACUGACCCUAAACGUUUGAAUGCUUAAACAAUAGCCUACCAUUGCUGAAUGAUUGAAAUAUUUAUGUACCAUGAUAAUUGUACUCUGAACACAUCAUACUACUGUUACAUUUUUGUCUAAUGCAUGUUUACAUACAAAUUUGCGCGGAUGUUGCUAAAACAAACUAAAACGAGACAAAUAAAUGUCCCCAUCUUCAGGAAGAAUUAUCCAAAUAAAACCUAUGGUGCUGGAUGAAAGGCGGGUGUUUCUUCAAAGGAUCCAUUAAGUCUUUUUUUAGUCCUCAAACGUUACCAGAUGUGGGAUGUGACUGAUAAGAUGCCCACUCUCAAGACAAAUUAAACAUAGGUGUGACCCUUGAAAACCGCCAAGAAGAACUGAUGUAUCAAUG